UGCCUGAAUGCCAGCUUAGCUCUCGCCUGCACUUCUUGUUUGUGGGAAAAUUCAGUUCUGUACCGACCGUAGUUAAGAACGGACAAGUAAGCGGAAAAAUGAAUUUCAUCUGGGCCGUGAUUUUGCUGCUGUGUUCUGCUACAGCCGCCGAUCAGCGGGAUAACUUCUGCGAAAGGAACGAGACGAUUCGCACCCAAGUGCCGGUCAUUAAGCAACGGACCAUCGUAAAGGACCCCCCCAAAUGGAAGGUGUGGAAGAAGAGCCAGAAGAUCACAGAGACCUACAACUCGGAGGAGGAGCAAGUGACCCACCGGCUGAUCAGGGAGUGCUGUCCGGGCUAUUUGCAGGUGGAGGUGGGCCUCUGUGAGCCCGUCUGCAGUCGCGGCUGUCCCGCCCACGCCAGCUGUGCCGCCCCCGAUCGCUGCGAGUGCAUUUCCGGCUACGUCUCGGCCAGGAGCCACCAGGAUGGCAGCCACUACUGUGAGCCCAUCUGCCAGACCAGCUGUCCAGCGGGAGCCCAGUGUGUGUCGCCCAACACCUGCGCCUGUCGCGACGGCUUCACCCAAUUGCAACCCACCGGCGAUGGCGUGAGUGCGGAUUGUGCCCCGGUUUGCCAGGUGGGCGAUGGCUGUGCCAAUGGCAAGUGCAUCGACGUGGAACGCUGCUCCUGCAACGCCGGCUAUCGAUGGGACAAGGCCGAGGAACGUUGCGCCGAGGUCAGUGCCGAAUUGAUGUCCGAGGAGCAGGACACCACCGAGGAGAUUGCCGAGUCCCUGAGCACCAGUUCAACGGCUGCCUUCACGGCCACCGAGUGCCCCGAAGACUAUGUCCUCUUCCGCGGUGAAUGCCGCGAGAAGCAAUUCAACAGCAAUGAGGCGGGCUGCCUGAAAUCCGGCUGUGGUGCCCAUCAAACAUGCCUGGAAUCCGGCACAUGUCACUGCUCCGAAGGCUAUGUCCCGGAGGAAACCAGUGAGACAAGUGGGGUGCUCAGCUGUAAGCGCACUUUGCUCAACCAAAUACUCGCCUUGAACGAGGCCACCGACGAUGAGGAUGAGCUGAAUCCCUGGACCAUUCCCAUCAUUGGUGUGGCCAGCGGAGCACUCUUCGUCCUGCUCAUUGUGGGUCUCCUGGGCGGAAGGCGGUAUCGCCAGGAACGGGCUGCCGCGGCCAGCAAGGAGAUGGAGUGCCAGUAUUCGCAGAAGACCGUGGAUGUGGACGAGUAUGUGCCAUGAAGAGUCAAGUUAUCCCAUCGCUUUGGGCUGUGUUAGAUCAACGUUGAUUGUUAAUUUUAAACCAUUUUUCAUUUGAGAAUAAAGCUUGUCGACUUAAAAAAAA